AGUAGAUAUCUUCAACAUUUAACUAUAGUCUAGCGUGGAUUUUUCAAUUGACAUGUAUUCUAAAAAUAUUAAAUAUAUUCUAUUAAAUUCUCAAGCAAUUAUUAGAAUUAGGAUCUACUAAUUAUAUAAUAAACUUUAUAGAGCAAUACAGGGGCUCAAAUUUAAUACACAGAUUUUUGUAUAAGGCUAUGCAACUUAAGCUUUUUCUGCUUAUUUUAUAUCAGGAAAGCUAAAGACAUGUCUGACCUAGCUCUUGUAAACACAAGUCUUGUUUCUUUUUUUCCUUGUUCUUGUGUAGCAGAGAAAGAAACGGAGUAUUUUGACAUAAGAGAUUUCAAAAAGAAAUUUAAAAGAAAACUUCGUUCAGCCUUGGGAAAUGUCACCAUCAACUUUAGAGAGUAUGAGGAUAAUGCAAUCUGGAUUAGGAUUGCCUGGGGAACACCGUGUCGGGAGCCAAACCAAUACAGAGCCAGCUAUGUUGUAUACCAUUCAUACACUCCUUAUGUCUUUAUUUCUUUCUCACAAUAUAGGAGCAACUUCCCUCUGCUCUGUCAGGCCCUGGUUGCUGCUUCCUAUUCCCAUGACAUCUGUGCAAUGGAGCUUCAAGAUCGCUGUUUAAACUCCCUUAAAGACUGUGUGUUUUACAGAUAUAACCCGAACAUCCAGACUUUUUAUUCUGAACCUCUAAAGGAACACAGUGUAGAACCAGAGAGUGAUUUAAGGUUAGUUCAAGAAAACAGAAAAACUAAAGAAAAAAUACAGAGAAUGAAUCAGCAGAUUUUUGGUAAUGAUCCCCUACUGAAACUUGAAUAUGUACAAUAUAAGCUUCAGACGAUGUUUAGAAGUUAUCCUAAACAGAAUGUUUUGCAUCAAAAAGAACCGUUCAGAUGUCUGGUGAAGUUUUCUAGUCCACAUCUCUUAGAAUCAUUGAAAUCCCUGGCGGGAACGAGUAAGUGUUCUAAUUCUAUAAAAUGGAGGAAAAAUCCACAGUUAAAUAUUCGUCAUCUUACAUUCCGCUUCUGUAUUGCGUACAGGAGAACCUUUGCAGUUUGUUCAGAAAUACAUAGAAAUCUAGUAGAAUAAAAAUAUUACCAGUCUGAAAACUUUCUAAACACAUACCAGUUUGUUCUUAGAAUUACUAGUUUGUACAUACAUAUUCAAGCUGUGGUUUAGUUUUAGAACAGUUAUGAAAGGUAAAUAUUCUUUGGGUUAAGCUCUAAUUAUCUGCCUUUCU